ACCGCCGGCAGAGGAUCGCUUCGGUCCUCACCGGCAGCGCAUCCAGGGCGAUUGCUGGCUCGGCGGGGGCGUCGCUUCGGUCGCGGCGCAUUGACGGCGGCCCGCGACCAUGGCUCAGCUGGCUUGCUCGUUCGCUGCGGCUGGCCGCUCACGAGUUGGGAUUUUCCUUAUCUGGCGCUGGUGUGCUUCAGUACUUUGAGAUUGGUUCUUGGGGACAGCUGGCUUCCAUCCGCCCUGUGCUGCAGACGUGUGGUUUUGCAGCACGACACCAUAGAAUUUUCUUGUUUGCGCGAUCCACUUAUUCCUCGCUUCCAAUGCAUGGCACAUUCUACAUGUUCUUGGCCUUCCCUUCUCCCGCUUGUUUCUCUCUCUGUUCUCUCUCUCCGGCAGGCACGCGCUAGCUUAGCUCUGCUCCACCGCGAUCAGAUCGGCGGCAUUGAUGCGCGGCGCGACGACGCGGCGGGCGUGCCAUGAGGAAGCUGUGCCCGAACCUGGACCGCGACGACUCCCUGGACACCGUGCUCGAGGUGCCCAUCCCCGAUGAGAUGCUUAUCAACGCCCCAGGCGCCGACAAGCGCCGCGGCGCGGGGGGCGCCAACAUGCGCGCCUGGCUCAAGGCCCAGGCCUUCGACCGCGCCACCGUCGAUGGCCCCGCCUCCGCCAACGCCGAGCUCCAGCUCUUCCUCAACGUCGUCGGCUCGCCGCUCAUCCCCUGCCCCGUGCCCCACGACCGCGCCUUCAGCCGCUCCAUCCGCGACUCAUCCAUCCAAGCGUCGACGGCCAAGUACAUCAUUCAGCAGUACAUCGCGGCGACGGGCGGGCAGGCGGCGCUGCAGGGGGUGCAGAGCAUGUACGCCGUUGGGAAGGUGCGGAUGUGCGCGUCCGAGUUCCACCUCGGCGACCAGGCCGUCAACGCCGCCAAGGGCCGCGCCGAGGUCGGUGGCUUCGUGCUCUGGCAGAAGAGCCCCGAGGUCUGGUACUUCGAGCUCAUCAUGGCCGGCCACAAGAUGAGCGCCGGCAGCGACGGAAAGGUCGCCUGGCGCCAGUCCGCCGCCGAGCAGUCCCACGCCUCCCGCGGCCCGCCGCGCCCCCUCCGCCGCUCCCUCCAGGGCUUGGAUCCACGGUCGAUCGCGAACCUCUUCUCCGACGCGGUGUGCAUCGGCGAGAAGAUCAUCAACGGCGAGGAGUGCUUCAUCCUGAAGCUGGAGGCCGGCGCGGCGACGCUGCGGGCGCGGAGCGCGGCGGCGUUCGACAUCAUCCACCAUACGGUGUGGGGCUAUUUCAGCCAGCGCACGGGGCUGCUCAUCCAGCUCGAGGACUCGCACUUGCUCCGCAUGAAGUCCGGCAAGGGCGCCCGCCGAAGCGAGAACAUCUUCUGGGAAACUAGCAUGGAGUCCGUCAUCUCCGACUACCGCUACAUCGACGGCAUCAACAUCGCGCACGGCGGUCACACCGCCGUCACGCUCUUCCGCUACGGCGAGGGAUCCGUCAACCACAAGAGGAAGCUGGAGGAGACGUGGAUAGUGGAGGAGGCCGACUUCAACGUGCACGGGCUCACCACGGACUACUUCCUGCCGCCGUCCGACCUCAAGAAGGACGGCGAUGACUAGCGCGCCGGAUGACCGGUCAGCCAGAAUAAGUGAUCGUGUAGCGUUCGACUGAUUGUUGUUAAUGCGAGGACAUCAUUCGAAAUCCACGCAGGCAAAAAUUUUCAUAGGGGUGGCAGUAGCUGUAUGUGUUCUUCCAUUUCUCCUUUUUUUCCCCAUUGAAUUGCAAAUUCUGCCAUGAUCCAGGAAUAGAAUUACUAAAUGAUUUCUUUUUUAGGAAGAAGCAUGCAUGGCUAGAUCAUGUACAGUACAUAUGGGGGUGUGAUUGAGGUUGAUUAAAUUCAUUGUGUUUUGUUGGGUCUACUAACAUAUAUUGUUAGCUUCUUUGCUUGAAAAAAGAAUAUACUGAUAGC